CCUUGUUAAGUUCUGUGCCAGGACUCGGUGACCUUCUGAGGGCCCUAUAUAUGCGGCUGUCUUCUGUACCUCGAUGUAGUUUGCACUUAGAAGGCUUUACAAGCAGUUCUUGUGAAAUCUAUUCAUCGUCAAAAUGAAAUACGCCGUGUUCUUCCUCCUCUGCUGCGUGGCGCUGGCGGCUGCUGCCCCCCAGUUCAUCUACCCGGGCCUGGCUCCCUAUGCCCCAUUGGGGCUGGCCCCUAGGACCGUGGUGGCGGGACCGACGGUGGUGAACGGCCUGACCCCAUACGGCCUGGGAGCCCGUUUCGUGGCCCAGGGCUACAUCGGCACCACCCUCAUCUAAGCCGGCAUCUCCAUCGACAACACUGUUAACGGUCAUUUCGUACAAUUUCUUGUAAAGACCUAAGAUCCUCCGAUGGACAGUUAAGAGUGAUGCUGUUACUCACGCCCAUUGGUUACCCCUGUCCUUGUAAAUAUUCGCUUAUCAUCGAUUAAACUGCUUCCCGUCUAUUUGUUGUUUUAAUUGUGAAUCUUUUUCCGUGUUUUUAA